AUGGGAAUCAGGGCAAUAAAUCCCAAUCUUUAUCAGUUGCUCCACCAGACAGGGCUGCACCUAGAGGAGCUACUUCUGUUACUGGCGGAGGGGAAAACUGCCUUUAUGCGAUCACUAGUCGUCAAGAUCAAUAGUACUCUCCUGAUGUUGUCACUGAGUCUUCUCUAUAUACAAAACAUUCUUUUAGUUUUUUCAAAUGGCAAAGAAAAAAAUGACGAUGUGACGGCGACGGCGGUGGCUGUACCACCAAACGAGGUGCGGUAUAAAGGUGUGAGAAAGAGGCCAUGGGGGACAUAUGGAGCUGAGAUUACAAACCCCAUCAAGAAGGUACGAGUCUGGCUUGGUACUUUGAAAACAGAGGAAGAAGCUGCAAGGGCCUUUGAUACGGCGGCCAGGAUGUAUCACGGCCCUAAAGCCAAACUUAAUUUCCCUCCGAUAAAUGAGGAUAACCUCGAAAAUGCUAAUAAUAUAGAAACUUAA